UGCAGGGGUUGUGAGGGGAGGGCGAAUAGCGAUGGCGGCGGUCGCAGAGAAUCUGCCGGCUGCGGCCGAGGACCAAGAGCCACAGUGCGAAGCGGUGCCGAGUCUGGAGAACCAGCGGCGCCAGAUCGAGAAUGGCGAAAGUGGGCGAGAGCGUCCACUGCGGGCUGGCGAAAGCUGGUUCCUUGUGGAGCAGCACUGGUACAAACAGUGGGAAGUGUACGUGCAGGGAGGAGACCAGGACUCCAGCACCUUCCCCGGCUGCAUCAACAAUGCUAAGCUUUUUGAAGAUCAGGUAAACUGGUGCCUCAAGAAGGGACUGGUAGAAGGUGAAGACUAUGUGCUGCUCCCAGCAGCUGCUUGGCAUUACCUGGUCAGCUGGUAUGGUCUAGAGCAUGGCCAACCACCCAUUGAACGCAAGGUCGUGGAGCUACGCGGCUUCUGUAAGGUCGAAGUGUACCCAGUAGAACUGCUGCUUGUCCAGCACAGUGAUAUGGGCACACCUCACACUGCUGAAUUCAGCCAAACAGAUUCUAUUGACCUAGUUUCGUGCACUGCUCGAGAGCAGUUUCUGGUGAGCCCCCAGGAAGAGACACGGCUGUGGGUCGAGAAAGCACAGGGCUCUUUUGAAAGGUUGUGUAACACACGUGUCACAGUGUUUGACGCUGCUCUCAAGUCUGGGCAGUUGAUCAUCAUGGAGACCCGAAGCAAGGAUGGCACUUGGCCCAGUGCACAGACGCAUGCUGUGAAUAGAGCGUCGAAGGAGGAUGAGGACUUCCAGGGCCAGCCAGGCAUCUGUGGUCUCACCAACCUGGGCAACACGUGCUUCAUGAAUUCGGCCCUGCAGUGCCUCAGCAACGUGCCACAGCUCACUGAGUACUUUCUCAAAAAUCGCUACCUUGAGGAGCUCAACUUCUGCAACCCACUGGGCAUGAAGGGUGAGAUCGCAGAGGCCUAUGCGGACCUGGUGAAGCAGGCCUGGUCUGGCCACCACCGUUCCAUUGUACCGCAAGUGUUCAAGACCAAGGUCGGCCACUUUGCGUCCCAGUUUCUGGGCUAUCAGCAGCACGACUCACAGGAGCUGCUGUCAUUCCUCCUGGAUGGGCUGCAUGAGGACCUCAAUCGUGUCAAGAAGAAGGAAUAUGUGGAGCUGUGCGAUGCUGCUGGGCGUCCAGAUCAGGAGGUCGCUCAGGAGGCCUGGCAGAACCACAAACGGCGGAACGAUUCUGUGAUCGUGGACACUUUCCAUGGCCUCUUCAAGUCCACACUGGUGUGCCCUGAUUGUGGCAACGUGUCUGUGACCUUCGAUCCCUUCUGCUACCUCAGUGUCCCACUGCCUGUCAGCCACAAGAGAGUCAUGGAGGUCUUCUUUGUCUCCAUGGACCCCCGCCGCAAGCCAGAGCAGCACCGGCUUGUAGUCCCCAAGAAAGGCAAGAUCUCGGAUCUGUGUGUGGCCCUGGCCAAACACACUGGUGUCUCCCCAGAAAGGAUGAUGGUGGCCGAUGUCUUCAGUCACCGCUUCUAUAAGAUCUACCAGCUGGAGGAGUCUCUGAGCAGCAUCUUGGACCGAGAUGAUAUCUUCAUAUAUGAGGUGUCAGGCAGGUCUGCUAUCUGUGAGAACUCCAGGGAGGAUGUGGUGCUCCCUAUCUACCUGCGGGAACGCACCCCAGCCCGAGACUAUAACAACUCCUACUAUGGCCUGAUGCUCUUUGGGCACCCACUGCUGGUGUCAGUGCCCCGGGACCGGCUCUCCUGGGACUCCCUGUACCACAUCCUGUUGUACCGCCUCUCACGCUAUGUGACCAGACCCAGCUCAGAUGACGAGGACGAUGGCGAUGAGAAAGACUUGGAGGAUAAGGACAGCAUCCCCAAGCCUGGACAUGUGGCUAGGGGCAGCUCCCAAGACCCUGGGCCAGAGCAGGCUGGGCCCAGCUCUAGAGUUGCAGGUGGGAGCCGGGCCCCUGUGGACAACUCUCCUGGACCAUCUCACUGGCCCCAGCGAGCACGGCGCAAGCACUUGUUCACCCUGCAGACAGUGAACUCCAACGGGACCAGCGACCGCUCGAAUUUUAACGAGGAUACUCAUGCCCAGCCAUACAUUGCCAUCGACUGGGAGCCAGAGAUGAAGAAGCGUUACUAUGACGAGGUGGAGGCUGAGGGCUACGUGAAGCAUGACUGCGUGGGGUAUGUGCUGAAGAAGGCUCCAGUGCGGCUAAAGGGAACAGAAAUACAAAGUAGUGCCAAAGGAUUUAGCAGUACAGUUAGUAAAUACCUGGUGGGUGGGCGCGUGAUGCAAAGCCUGCCCAGAAAGUGUUUGUGUACUGACUUAGGCUCUGUCUACAGGUACUGCCCUUCCUGCAAGCAGCACCAGCUGGCUACCAAGAAGCUGGACCUGUGGAAGCUGCCUGAGACACUCAUUAUCCACCUGAAGCGCUUUUCCUACACCAAGUUCUCCCGCGAGAAGCUGGACACCCUUGUGGAAUUUCCUAUCCGGGACCUGGACUUCUCCGAGUUUGUCAUCAAGCCUCAGAAUGAGUCAGCCCCAGAGCUGUACAAAUAUGAUCUCAUCGCGGUGUCCAACCAUUAUGGGGGCCUGCGUGAUGGACACUACACGACAUUUGCCUGCAACAAGGACAGUGGCCAGUGGCACUACUUUGAUGACAACAGCGUCUCGCCUGUGACUGAGAAUCAGAUUGAGUCCAAGGCAGCCUACGUCCUCUUCUACCAACGCCAGGACGUAGCUCGUCGCCUGCAACCCCAGGCCAGCUUAUCUGACCCCCCAGCACCUCCUGCCUGUGGACCCCCACCCAACUCUGAGCUUAUGGAUCUAAACUGAGCAGGCCCUGGCCCUGCCACAAGGACAGAAGCUAUCUCUGCUCUCUUCCUUUCCUUCUCCCUCCUGUCCUCUUAACCGUGUUAGGUGUUAGGUGCCCUAUGCCAGGCAUUGCAGGCUUAGUUGUGGCUACUGUUCUCCUGUGCCGCCUUAUUGCUCUUUCCUGGGGAAGAAGAGGUUGUGUCUCCUCCCAGCAGUGUUUCCCUGCCUGUGUUUGCCCCUUAGAUCAUUAACUUUUCCUUCUAUUCUCUAUUUAUGGUUGUUCCCUUUCCACUGUUCUCAACCUGGGGUGUUCUGAGGGGGUGGUGGUGGGGUACACCUGAACACAAGAGUGUAUUUUCUUAUCAAGACCCUGUACCUUCCUCUGUGUAUACAUAAAGUGCCAGUGUAUUUCUCGGCA